AUGGAGCUUUCCACAAAUCCACCUACUAAAAAAAACACUACCAUUGCACAACGUCAAGCCAUAUUCCAAUCCUUAUUGCAAGAAAGUUUCGAUGGAAGAUUAAAAAAAGGUUCCGUAAGUGAAGUAGCUUCACUAUUCUCGGUUUCUAAGCGAACCGUUAGUCGCAUUUGGCAUCAAGGUAAAAAUCAAGUUGACCAUGGAUUACCGGUUGAUUUCUCUUCAAAUAUGCCAAUGGUUGUUGGGCAGAAAAGGGUACAAAUAAAUUUGAAUCAAGUUUCGGAAAUUCCAUUACGUCAUCGAUCCAAUAUACGCUCUCUUGCAAAAUCUCUAAAUGUUUCAAAAUCAACAUUGCAUAGAAGAAUUAAAGAAGGUGUUCUUCGACCACAUACAAAUGUCAUCAAGCCAACUCUAACUCAUGAGAAUAGAAGAGCAAGAUUAGAAUAUUGUUUAUCAAAGAUUACAUUGUCAUCAUUAUUUAGUCCAAUUCCUACAUUCCAUGAUAUGUUUAAUGUUGUCCAUAUUGAUGAAAAAUGGUUUUAUAUGUCAAAACCAUCAAAACGUUAUUAUCUUGUCCCCGGUGAUGAUGAACCGUUAAGAACAUGUAAAAGCAAAAAGUUUAUUACAAAGAUCAUGUUUCUAGCGGCGGUAGCAAGACCGAGAUAUGAUUCAUCGGGCAACGAAGUUUUUUCGGGAAAAAUUGGUAUCUACCCAUUUACAACAUUAGAACCCGCUAAACGUUCAAGCAAAAACCGUGUUGCGGGAACAAUGGAAACGAAACCUAUUUUAUCGGUGAACAAAGAGGUAACAAGGUCAUGGUUGAUAGAAAAAGUUCUACCGGAUAUUAGAGCUAAAUGGCCGCGAGGUCAUACCGGUCCUAUAUUUAUUCAACAAGAUAACGCAAAGCCCCAUAUUGAUGUUGAUGAUAGCGAGUUUCUUGAAGCGGCAUCGCGAGAUGGGUUUGAUAUUCGACUUUGUUUUCAACCCCCCAAUAGCCCGGAUUUGAAUGUUUUAGACCUUGGAUUUUUUCGAGCAAUACAAUCACUUCAAGAACAAGAGGCUUUGAGUACAACCGAUGAAUUGGUUAAUGCGGUUCAAACAUCUUUUGAAAGAAUGCAAUCACAACAACUUAACAAUGUUUUUUUAACACUACAAACAUGUAUGAAAGAAAUCAUAAAGGUUCAAGGUGGCAACAAUUAUCAUAUACCGCAUAUUGGUAAGUCUAGGUUAGAUCGACAAGGUAACUUACCACUCCAAAUUGAGUGUGAUCAAACUUUAAUAGACGAUGCUGUAAUGUAUUUGAACAAUUAA